GAUUUGUUUACCAACAGCAUUAUACAAUGGGAACGCCGCGAAAAAACUGCAAUUAUUAUUCACCUUACGCAAAAAAUGUGGGCCAAUAUCCAUCACAAACAACGGACUACAUGUCCCAGCAUGCGGGCGGCCUGCAAUCCCCGCCAACGGACAGACGACAGACAACACACAACUCUAAUCAGAACGCGUCGCAUUUCUAUCAGAGCAGAAAAGCAACGCCUCAAUCCGAAAAUGGUGACUUCUUCUUCUUCGAGGACAGAGGACAGAGCUCCGGCGAAAAGAGGCCGCACUUCUAUCAGAAUAAAACACCGCAACAAGAUCAGCGUCGCAAUUACGGCUAUCGCGGCGGACGUGGACGUGGAAGUCAUCGAUCCACAUUUGGAGACCGAAGCGGAAACAAUCCCUCCUCACAGUACUUUCACAGCUCAAUGCUCGAGGAUCCGUGGCAUGAGCUGAUGGAGCGCCACAAUGCCAUCCAUGGUAGCGUGCUCAGCGAUGACCCGAGGGCCGACAUUGAUGCAUCUUAACUUUAAAUUUCAACACUUUAUACAUUUAUUAAACUCAAUUAAUAAUAACUUAAAACUAA